UGCGGUCCUCAGUACUCCGCCCCAGCGCUUUGGUUAGUUGCGCAGGAAGGAAUCCUGGAUACCGUUAUGUUGCCUAAAGUCAUCUGUGAUAAGUGUCCGGUCGCUGGGACUGCAGGGAUUGGCUGGUUCACGACGUUGCACCAGGGGUGUCAGACUAAUGCGUGUAACGGCCGGUAUCCAUACAAUCGCAUGUCCAAGUUCCAGAGCCAAGCCAUCAGUUGGUGCGAUACGGAUAAAGGGAUUCUACAUACGCAUCUAGGCAUGCACUGAGUGAGGGUUAUCUUCAAGUUGCCCUUCACACCUUAGAUCUGUGCUGGGGACACCUACAGGGUCGGGACAGCUAUCCGCUUCUGCAAACACCACUGGGAAAUCAGCCAUGUCAUUCACAUUGCCUCUGUUUCCAAGCCCCGGGUUUGCCGGCUUCUGCGUGGGGGCUUACAUCCUGUACUGCCUCCUCUCCGCCAUCUAUCUCAUUCACUUCCACCCACUGUCCAAGUUCCCCGGCCCAAAAUGGUGGGCCGUCUCGCGCAUACCCUGGGCGCGGCAUGUCAUCCAGGGGGACCUGUGGCAGGUCUUGGACCGGCUGCAUGAGCAGUACGGCCCCGUGGUGCGCAUCGCGCCCGACGAGAUCACCACCAUUUCCCCGGCUGCAUGGAAGGACAUUUAUGUCUCCAAACCCUUACUCCCCAAAGACCCGUACAGCCAAACCCCGCCCCUGAACGGCGCGCACUCCCUCUUCACCGCCGCCGAUGAAACCCACAAGCGCAUCCGCGGCGCCAUGGUCAACGCCUUCUCCGACAAGGCGCUGCGCGACCAGUCGCCCAUCAUCGAGCGGCACGCGGGAGAGCUGAUUGCACGGUUGCGCCGUGAGAUUACCAAAUCAGGUGAUGGGGUAGUCGACCUGCAGCGCUUCCUGGGCUACGCGACCUUCGACACGGUAACGGACCUGAGCUUUGGCGAGUCCUUUGACGGACUGAAGGACGACAACGAAAACUCCAUGACAAAGGCCUUCUUUUUCCACGCCAAGUACAGCACCAUCCGCAACUGCCUGACGCGAUUUGCGCCCCUGGACAUUUUCCUGGGUUUGUUCCUUUUGGGCGCCACGCGGAAAAACCGCCUGCGCAACUGGCGCAUCGCGACCGACAAGAUCCAGCGGCGGCUUGCCAAGGGGGACAUGACGGGUGUCAGGUCGGAUUUUGUCUCGCCUGUGGUUGGGCGAAUUGAUGAGAGUGGGAAGAAGGGGGUUACCACCAAGGAGCUGGUUACGAACGGGUUGGCGUUUGUCAUUGCGGAUUGUCAGUUGACGACUGUGGCGCUGUCGACAAGUGCUUUUUUGCUUCAUCGGGAGCGGGAAAAGUGGAAGCGUCUUGUGGAUGAGAUAAGAGUCCGAUUUGCGAGCCAGGACGAGAUUACGGUUCAGUCGACCCAGGGUUUGCCUUACCUGGAGGCCGUCGUCAACGAGACGAUGCGUAUCCGGCAUCCGACGCCUAUCAGCCUACCGAGAGUGGUUCCGCGUGAGGGGAGGACGAUUGAUGGGCAGUUCAUACCGGGAAAUACGGUCAUCGGCAUCAACCUGCAAAACAUCCAAAACAGCCCGACGCUGUGGUCCGACCCGGACGGAUUCCAUCCCGAGCGCUUCUUAGACUCGGGACAUCCGUACUACGAUAGUCAAUUCGACAAGGACGUCAAGGAGGCCUUUAUGCCCUUUUCCACGGGGCCGCGUAACUGUAUAGGUUCAAAGGUGUUCCUUGCCCAAGCGCGCGUGAUUCUAGCCAGAAUCGUCUACGCGUUUGAUCUGACCCUGGCAGAAGGGCAGGAUCGAUGGCUGGACCAGAAGGCGUAUUUGGUGUUUGAGCCCAAACCCCUAUAUUUCCACCUCCGUCCCCGUUAUAAUCCUAGGCAGAGGGGUAACUGAUCUCAGUGCAACCUGGAAAGCAGAGAGAUGGUGGCUUCUUGACAGUAGAAAUUCAAAUGAAUCAUAAAUAUACAUCUCUAUCAUUAACUCAAACCUCUCAGAGGCUAAAUAUCAUACACAUUACCAGUAGUCACGCCUCACCGGCACCGCAUUAUACCACGAAAACAGCGAUUUCGGAUCAUAGACACGCUUCAGCUCUUGCAACCGGGGCAGCUUGC